AUGACGACGACGAGGAGGAGGGAGAACCAUCAAGACGGCAGUUUGACGGCGAUGAAACUAAGAAAGGAGAAGCAGUCCUAUGACUUUGAUGCCACCACAGAGCAAAACCUUGUUGACUUCUUCGAACUAACUUCCAGCAUCUUUUUUUGUUGUUUUCUCUUCUCAGGUGUCCCUCUGUCUACACAAUGGGGUCAGCAGGGUUAUUUCUACCCGAUCCAGGUAGCUCAGUUUGGUCUGAGUCAUUACAGUAAGAACUUGACCGAGCGCCCUCCUAGGGUCACCAUGUACGAGGAUGUCGAAGGUCAUGACCUGUCCAGCUGGUCAAAUCCGAGCCCCAACGGAGAAAUCAAGAUUGUCACUAGUGAGGAAUUAGACUCUCAUGUCAUAGAGUUUAAAACAACAGGUGACACCAGUCCGUCUUCCAGCAGUGUGUGGUCCCACUCAUUGGAUACCAAGUCAGACUUUGUCAUUGCGUUUGAUCUCAAGUUGCUUGGCAACGCAUCCAUCACCAUCGUGGCCGAGAGCGAAGAGCAAGGCCGCAUCAUCAGCCUCGUCUACACCACGGACGACGACGGCUUCGUCAUCGGGAACAGGAAGGUCACAUACGGUCUUGGACCGGUCACCCAGUGGCGGAGGAUUACAAGAGCCUUGCAAAUAGACUACAGAAAAGCAAUGGCGUCGCUCAGUACUCUCAAAUAUAAAUUAACUCGUAAAUUCAUUCUGCAAAGAUUGCUUAGGAUUGAGCUGCGAGGUCACGGGUUCAUCGAUAAUAUCGAGAUUGGGACCUCGCUUCAUAUGUACCAUUUUUACGAUGCAGCUGACUGGUUAGUUCAUCAUCAAGACGAGCGAGGUGGAUGGCCGAUAAUGGUGGAAAGGAUACUAGAUGAUAAGAUGUCAUUAUCACCAGGUUGGUAUUCAUCUAUGGCACAAGGACAAGCCAUGUCCGUCCUGACGAGGGCCUACAUCAAAUCCAGGAGGAAAAAGUAUAUCAAAGCAGCGCUUCAUGCGGCGCGCCUCUUUCAGAUACCGUCCGCGCAAGGUGGUGUCCUUGCCAGAUUCAUGGACAAGUAUACCUGGUACGAGGAGUACCCGACAUCGCCAGGCUCGUUUGUCUUGAACGGUUUUAUUUACAGUAUGAUCGGUUUGUACGAUGUGCUGAGUGUUGCCGAUGUGGAGGAGAGCAGGGAGAGCCGGCGAUUGUAUGACGAGGGAAUGGUCUCGCUAAAAGCAAUGCUGUUGCUGUUCGACAUGGGCACAGGGACGUUAUAUGACCUGCGACACUUGGCGCUGGGGAAAGCCCCUAAUGUCGCGAGAUGGGAUUACCAUGCGACACACAUCAGUCAGCUUCAGCUGCUGGCUUCCAUAGAUCCAGAUCCUAUCUUUAAGGAAACUGUUGCAAGGUGGAUAGGAUACACAAAAGGAAAAAGAGCAAGACAUAAUUAAUUCCACCAUUGCAAAAAA